AAUCCUCAUAUACUCACACGCACUGGUUCAACAGCAAGCUAGGUUUAAAAUGUAAGAUCUCCACGGGGACUCGCGCGCGAUGCUGGUGGAGCAGCGUCACAGUCUCCUGUGUUGGCUAGCUAGCAAGCUAAUAGCCGUUAGCAUGUUUCUCCAAAUAAAAGCACAGAAGACUUUUAUUUUGAAGUCGUUGACCCGAUGCGUUAAGACGUCAACAGGGAAACUUCCAGUGUAAAGUUCGGAUUUACUUUGUACAUUAAGUUGUGCUUCCGAAUGUGUUUGACUCUGAGUCACAACAGAUGUGACUGAUGCCUCCUCCACUGUCCCCUAUGAAACAUCUGGCAGCAGCUGUGCAGAGUAACCAUUACCCUGCUGCUGAGGAUCCUGGGGGAUCAGCAUCUGGACUUUGCAUCAAUGUUGAAUUUGAUUGCAACAUCCCUGAGCCUCCGGUGCCAACGUGUCACAGCUCUACCUCUAAAACUCAGGAUAUGUUCGACGCUGAGUUCAACAGAAAACCAGCAGACCGUGCAGGAACUCUAUGAUCUCUCCGUGGACAUUCAGAAGGUCCGGAAACUUAAGGGCUGGGUCCUGCACCAGAGACCAGCCUAUACCAGGGAUGUAUCGAAUCUGCUGAAGGACAUGGGGGCCUCAGGGUUCAUAAUCUCCCGAAUUUUAGCAGUUCAUCCUGAGGCCGUCCUCUGUCACCCGGAGCAGAUGCAGGCUCAGAGAGAGCUGUGGAUGAUUGUGUGCCCAAACCAGAAAGAGCUGGUUGGUAUCAUUGAGAAAUUCCCUGCCUCUUUCUUCACCUGCUCCAGCCACCACGACAACCAGCGACACAACAUCGCUUACUUCCAGAGUUUAAACCUCAACAAGCGAAUCAUCACCAAACUCAUGGCCAGUGCCCCCCAGAGUUUCAGCCGGCCGGUGGAGCAGAACGAGGUGAUGGUACGCGCCCUCCAGCAGGCCUACCUGGAGCUAGGAGGGGAGGAGGCCAACAUGAAGGUCUGGCUUCAGAAGCUGCUGAGCCAGAAUCCGUUUGUUCUCCUCAAGUCCCCGGAGGUGCUGAGGCAGAACUUGCUGUUCUUGAGGGACAAAGGCUUCAGCACAGCAGAGCUCCUCCACCUCAUCUCCAAACUCAGGGGCUUUGUCAUCGAGCUGAAUCCGGACAGCAUGUGUUGCAGCCUUGCAUACUCCAGGGACACCAUGGGCUGUUCUGAGGCAGAGCUGCGGAACAUCGUCCUCAACUGCCCCGCUCUGCUGUACUACCCUGAGGAUAUUCUGGCAGAGCGCUUUGAGGGGCUCCUUCGUGCUGGGAUCAGCAUGUCUCAAAUCAUGGACACUCCAACUGUGCUGGAGCUGACCACGCAAAUAGUGAGUUACCGCAUCCAGCGACUGAGGGAGCGUGGCUAUGAUGUCAAGGCCGGUAGUUUGGAGGUACUAAAUGGCACGAAGAAGAACUUUGAGAUGAACUAUGGAAGAUUACAGCUACGCAGAGAGAGACCAAUUUUUAACCCUGUCGCCCCUUUAAAAGGAGAUGACUGACACAGGCUGUAACUGGAGAUGUACUGUUCUUAUGAUAAUUUAUACUGUGUCCGUAUUAAAGUGUCUCAGUCUAAAGGUGCAGCCACUCCUAGUAUUUAUUUUAGAAUCACAUAAACAUGUUUAUCUCCUCAAUUUGAUUAAGAAAACUUACAAUGAUGCUUUAUGGACGAUGCCCGAGAGGCCAAAAUUAAUCUACCACAGAAAACUACUUAAAAAUACAAGAAUUAAUUGGUGUAAAGACUGAACCAAAUGCUGCUUUUUUUCCCCAUGUACUCAAAUCUGUACAGCAUAGAGAAUUUGUUUCCUGCUGCCAAAAUUUCCAAUCUUGUGGGAUGAAAAGUGGCAAACAACUUGUGAGUCAUGUGAGUGCUAUUUUUUCUCCAAGCCUCAGUUUUGCCUCUAAACGUUUCACUAGCAGUUAAGACUAAGAUUGUGAUCACAGCCUAUUUAUCAGUUUGUGUAACAGUAUUACAGAUGACAAUCAGAAUCACUUUUAUCGCAGAUGUAAAUACAUGGAGGAGAAGCUGUUAUGUAACAGCCUCCCAGAGCAACAUCAGACAGUGAGACAAAUGCAUUGUGCUCUUAAUAUGUUAUACUUUUUAGGGAAUAUAGUCCCUUGAGGAAUAAAGAAUUUGUUGCAGCUUAUUUACA